AUGGCUGAAAUUGACUUGGAUGAUUUAAUUAAUACUGGACUUGAAGAUGUUAAUAAAAUUGAAGUUGAACCAGAGCUUGCUGUUAUGACUGAAUCAAUUGGUUCAACAAAAAAAGUUAAUUACAAUGUUGUUGAACGUGCUCAACCAACUUCAAGAUUAAGCCUUCCUCCAAAAGUUGUUGUACGUCCGUCAUAUAGUUCUACUUUUAAAACCCAUAGCCCUGUAUCUUCAUUAUCACCAGGAACACCAUCAAGUGAAAUAUCAAAUCCAAUUGAUUUUAAUGAUAGUCGUUCUGCAAAAGAACAAUUCAGACAACCAUCACUUGAUAUGAAAUUAUCUAGAAGUAAUUGUUUUGUAUCAAAACAAUGUCCUUCUCCUUCUGAGUUUGGAGUUUCUAUUAAAGAUAAACGUCUUAAAGAAUUCAGCAGAAAUAUUGGAAGUAUAUCUGAUAAAUUAACUGAUUUAAUGAAAUAUUCAAUUAUUGAUAUUGAUCUUGAUUUUCCUUAUUACUCUCAUUAUUUUAAAGGAAAAAAAUCAACAAAAUAUUAUAUGGAUCCUAUUUCAUUAAAUCUUUUAAUUGUUGAUACUUCAACUAAAUAUAAAAGAGCUAUCCUCAAAACUCCUAAAGAAAAUUAUAGAUGUGUUAUUCCAUUAGGAGUUGAUCCUGCUAAAUAUGAUAAAGCUUUUCCUCUACAAGAAAAGAAAAAACGAUCAAAACCAAAGACAUUUGAUAAAAAGAAUAUAAUAAAAUUAGAGUCAGAAUUAGAACGUAUUGAGAACAUGUCAAUAAUCAAAAAAUAUAAAUUUGGAGUUAUUUAUGUUAAAGAUGGACAAAAAGAAGAAAAUGAAUUUUUUAGUAAUGAUGAGUGUUGUGAUGAAUUUUGGAAUUUUAUGAAUUCAUUAGGAAAGAAAAUUGAAUUAAAAGGAUUUAAUGAUUAUGCUGCUGGAUUAGAUACUAAAGCUGGAUGUACUGGUACUUAUAGUUAUUUUAAAAAAUAUAAUGGUACUUAUAGUAUCAUGUUUCAUGUUGCUCCAUUAUUACCUAAUCAAGAAGGAGAUGCACAAAAAUUAGAAAGAAAAAGACAUGUAGGAAAUGAUGUUGUUGUAAUUGUAUUUCUUGAUCCAAAAAGAAAAGAACCAUUUGAUCCACGUAUUCUUACUUCUCAUUUUAAUAAUGUAUUUUUUAUUAUUCAACCAAAAACAAAGAAUGAAGGGUUAGUUGUUCAAGAAGGAUAUACUAUUAAUGUCGUUACUAAACCUAAUAAUAUGCCAUUUCCUCCUUUCUUAAAUUCUUCUUGGAUGAAAAAAGGUUUUGGAUUUGAAGAUUUUAUGUUAAAAAAAUUAAUUAAUGCAGAACGUAUGACAAUGUAUAACACUACUUUCUUAUCAAAUGCAAGAAAUACAAGAAAACAACAACUUGUUCAACUUGCUGAACUUUUGUAA